AUGUAGUGCUGUUUACCACAAAACAGUCGACGAAUUAUUAUCAGCAGGGGCGAUUCACUCGACGCAUUAUUUCGUUUCCAAAAUGGCAGCAAUUCCGACAAUCCCCGAGUAUUUCUCGGAGAAAAAUGUCUUCAUCACAGGAGGUUCUGGAUUCAUCGGAAAAGUUUUAAUAGAAAAGCUCUUGAGAUCCUGCCCCGACAUUGGAAAGAUAUACUUGCUUAUCAGGCCGAAGAAAGGAAAAAACUCACAAGAAAGAAUACAGUUCAUGACCGAUUUACCGCUGUUCGAUGUUUUGAAGAAGAGUUUUCCAGAAAACUUGGCGAAAAUUGUGCCUAUAUCUGGUGAUGUCAAAGAAUUGGAAUUGGGUUUGAGUCCCCAAGACAAGAAAACUUUGAUCGAUGAAGUCCACAUUGUGUACCACAUAGCUGCAUCUGUUCGAUUUGAUGAUCCACUGAAAGAUGCCGUUCUCAUGAAUACGAGAGGUACCCGGGAGGUGGCAAGAUUAGCUAAAGAAAUGAAGCAUUUAGAUGUUCUCAUGCAUUUCUCGACGACUUACUGCAACACUGACAAACAGAUUAUCGAAGAACAGAUUUAUCCUCCGCACGCAGAUUGGGAGAAAACCAUUGAACUGGCAGAAACUCUGGAUGCCCAUGCCCUUGAUGUUCUAUCUGUGAAGUAUAUACAUCCCCUCCCCAACACCUAUACGUUCACGAAGUCUCUAGGAGAACAUGUGAUAGCGGACCUUUGCGACGGGCAAGUACCUUCCGUGAUUUUCAGGCCUUCCAUCGUAAUUUCUACUAUGACCGAUCCUUUCUCUGGUUGGAUUGAUAAUUUCAAUGGCCCUGUUGGCAUUUUAGUGGCUUCUGGCAAAGGCGUUAUGAGAGCUUGUUACGCAAACAAAGAGAAUAUUGCCGACUAUGUACCUUGCGACAGCGUAGUGAAAGCAGUAAUUAUGGCAACCUGGAGUAAAGGACUUGAGAAAAAUGAAUCUGAGAAAAACAAAGUAUCAGUUUAUAACGCAAGCAAUUACGACGUUAAACAAGUAACAUUCGGCGAAAUCAUAGAUAUUGGAAAACAGCUAACAUGGGAUAUUCCUGUGAAUGAUGUUGUAUGGUAUCCAGAUGGUUCCAUUUAUUCAUGUUGGUAUGCAUUCUAUACAAUAUUCAUCGUGUACCAGUUGAUACCGAGCUUACUCUUAGAUGCGUUACUGUUGAUAAUGGGUUAUAAACCGAUACUGCUGAAAAUCCAGAGAAAAAUAUAUAUAGCCAAUAUGGCUCUGAGAUAUUAUCUCACGAAUCAGUGGAAAUUUCCGAAUAAAAAAGUCUUAGAGCUGGAAACUAAGUUGCUUCCCAGCGACUUUCCUCAUUUUAAUUACGAAAAACAACACAAACUCGCAGAGCCGUUCAAUUAUUUUUCCGUUGCAAUGAUGGGAUGCAGGAGGUAUUUAUUGAAAGAAACUGAUGAAACGUUGGAUAAUGCAAAAGUGCACUUCAAAAGGAUGUAUCUAUUAGCACAAGUCUUCAAUUCCUUAUGGUACAUCGCAGGUGCUGUAAUACUGUUCUACAUUUACAACAAAGUGGACUUGGUUUCGAAACUCAACGAUAUUCACACGUUCUUCAACACACCAUAGAUCUUCACUAAUUUCAUACAUCAAUUUUAUCAAUAUUAUGCCUGGAGUGGCCAAACACGAAGAAACCUAAAUAUGUAACCCAAAAUUAUGUUUUUGACUCUCAAAAAGUUGAGACCUGUUCCAUUUCGAAUGUACUUGAAAAAAAUCAACAAACAAUUUCAUAACAAUUGAAAUUGUUAGUAGUUUUCAGUUACCAAUCGAAUCUAUAUUUUUGUUUCAUGUAGUGUUCGAUCUCAAUAAAUUUUGUUUCAAACUCCA